AUGCUUCGUAGAUGUUAUAGAUCAAUAUUUUCACCUAAAUUCACAUCACCUAUUUCAUUUAAAAUAAAAUCUAUGUCAACAGACAUUUAUUCAAGAGAAAAAUUGCCAGAUUCUAUAAUUCCAAUAAAAUGCGAAACAUUACCUGAAACAAAACACAGAAACAUAAUGGAAAUAAUAAAGGAAGAAGGUUAUGCGAGACAGCCGGAUAAUCGAGCCAGGUUGUUUGUGAAAUGUAAAACAAGAAAAUUAGCAAAUAUUCUUAAACCAGGCGAUGUAGUAAAUGUUGAGUCAUAUGUUAGCAAGACUACUGAGAAAACCUCGUCAUUUGCCGGUGUUUGCAUAUCAAUUAAACGUCAAGGAAUAGAUACAAAUUUUACUUUACGUAAUAUUAUUUUAAAAGUUGGGGUUGAACAAAGAUUCUCUGCUUUUUCACCAAUGAUAAAAUCAAUUAAGAUUUUACACAAGACAGAAAAAAGAUUUAGAAGAGCUAAAUUAUAUUAUUUAAGAGAACAACCAGGAAAAGCCUUCCAAAUAAGCGCUUUCAUCCGACAAAACAAAUUAAAUGAAUGA